CGUCACUUCCGCUCGGACAACUGGCGGGAUUUAUCCACCUGGCAGCAGAGGAGCCCGGUUGUUGUUCACGCCUGUUUUUAGAACUUUUUGCGCGACACAUUUGACAAAAUACAUCCAACAUGAUGGCAACGAACGGAAAAGAUGCAUCUGGAGUGAAGGACGGAGUGUCGUCUAACCACAGCAGCGAAGAGUUUGCCAAGUCAAACGGAGAAGCAAGGGAAACUCCGGCCCCGUCCAAGCGGCAGAACGGAGUAGCAGAGCGGCCGCAGAGGUUCACCUUCAGCUCCGAGCCCACCGUCGAGGAUAUCCGGCGUAUGCAGGCCGAGUUUACGGACGAGCGGGACUGGAACCAGUUCCACCAGCCCAGGAACCUGCUGUUGGCCAUGGUCGGGGAGGUGGGCGAGGUGGCGGAGCUCUUCCAGUGGCGGGGAGAGGUGGCCGAGGGUCUUCCGGACUGGACCGAGUCCGAGCGGGAGCAGCUGGCGCAUGAACUUAGCGACGUGAUGAUCUACCUGGUGGAGCUCGCCGAGAAGUGUCGAGUCGACCUCCCCCAAGCAGUUCUGCGUAAAAUGGCUCUGAACCGACUCAAAUACCCGGCCAGCAAAGUGCAUGGCUCGGCCAAAAAGUACACCGAGUACAAGGACUGAGUGCAGGUGUGAAGAGGCUGUGGACUAUGACCUUCUAAUGACCAACAUUUUAUUAAUUAUUGGUUCAAAUUGCUUUUUUUUCUCUGGGUUGGCUCGUUUCUUAACCAUGAAUAAUUCUUGGCUGCGGUGCAUUUUCUGUCGCUUACAUAUACCUACAUUUAACAUGCCAAGCACUUGAUGAGUCCUACUGAAGUUAGCUUUUAAAUCCUGGUUUUAAGUCUGAGCAUUGCGGUGUCUGAGUCAGUGUGAGCCGGCGCUGCUUCAUUGUAACAGGAAAUCUAGCUGCUGUGCAGAGCCUCGGGGGAGGACUAGAAAGAACAUUUUAAAUUGAUUUUGCCUCCAGUUUAGGAGCGUGACAGUAGAAAAUCUGCUGGCGUUGAGCCGUUAUUGUACUGACUGACACCGGCAUAAAAAAUAGUAAGGAAGUGAGGGGAAAACGGUAAUUGUGUAUUGUUUAUAUAUAAGUUUCUUUGCUUUUUUUUUUUUUAAGUUGUCCUCAUUUCCUACCAAAUGUGGGGGUUUUGUUGUUGUCACAACUCGUUUCCCAAAGUAAAAGAUGCUCUAAAUCCUU